AUGACAGGCUUAUUCAAUAGUGAUAUGGACCGAUGUAACGGUAACUUACCUGUUGGUUGUUGUGGGUCUGAUUUCAAGUCCCUGGCUGGCUAUAAUAUGAUACUCCCCAAAUCGCAAAGUUCGGCAUUUCUCGAGAGGGUGUCGGGCUACAAUGUUGAAGAAAUUCCGAAACAUCAUACCAGCAACGCCAGCAAAAUCACACUUUACUGUUUGUGCAUUAUACCUCGCUGCUGCGUGCGAAUAGACCUCGAAUCCGGUAGCUCUGGCCGCAAUUAUAUCUACUCGUUGGGACCUCAAAGAUUACGUUUUUCGGCACGAGUGAAGAAGCUUCGGUCGCAUUAUCCAACAGUAGACGGCUGUGGUGCUAGCCGAGUGUGGCCAAUAGGGCUACUUCAAGGCGCCAAGAAAGGUUUCAGGAGCUUAGACAUAGCUAGAGCUAUAAAAGUAUCAAGUAUCCAGCACAAAGAAGCAAAUCGGUCAGACAUUUGUCUCCCGAACACGUUCAGCACGAAACGGCUGGAACAGCUUCUUUGCUGCCGAAACAUGGCCGACGAACAGCCCGCUACUUGGUCGAUGGUUAUAGCCUCUAACCACCCAAUAACGGAGAGCAAGCACUGGGGUUAA